CUUGAUACCUGUCAAACUGACAGUUAUAAAAACAAAAGAAUUCGUCAUCUGUUGAAAAUUUUAAUUGUUUAUAUUUUUUUGUUCAGCGAAGAAAUAAAUUAUACAGCUGAAUAAUGCAAGAUAAUUGUCCCGAACUAUACGAAGAGGUAAAACUUUAUCGCAAUGCACGUGAACGUGAAAAGUAUGAUAACAUGGCAGAUUUGUACGCCAUCAUCAACACGCUCCAACAGCUUGAGAAGGCGUACAUUCGUGACUGCAUCACUCCUCAAGAGUAUACCGCUGCCUGUUCCAAGUAUUUGGUGCAAUACAAGGUCGCAUUCAAGCAGGUGCAAUGUGACGAGUAUCCCAAUGUUGACACAUUUGUAAAGAAAUUCAGACUGGACUGUCCGGCAGCUCUCGAGCGGAUACGGGAGGACAGGCCAAUCACAAUACGAGAUGACAAGGGAAAUACAUCUAAAUGCAUUGCGGAAAUCGUGUCGUUAUUCAUUACUAUUAUGGACAAACUGCGUCUGAAAAUGAAUACAAUGGAUGCUUUACAGCCAGACGUAAAAGAUUUAGCAGAUAACAUGAAUAGGUUGUCAUUAAUACCGAAAGAUUUUGAAGCUAAGCAAAAAGUUGAGACUUGGUUAAGCACAUUAAACGAUAUGCAGGCUUCAGACGAGUUAUCAGAAGGACAAGUGCGUCAAUUUCUUUUUGAUCUGGAAUCGUCAUACGGAGACUUUACUAAACUGUUACACAGCCAGUAGUCAAUCAGUCAUUAUGUGGAAUGAAAUUAAAUAUACAUAAGCGUACAUACCUAAGUUAAUCUCGUAGAUUUUAGUAAAAAAAAAAAAAUAUUUUGUGUUCGGAAUUCUGUGUGAACGAUCGAUUGCUUAUUUACUUUCGUUAAGCCGCUUAUUAUAAUUCAAAAAAUAUAUCUUACACAAACGAUAUGUAAUAAA